GAAGCUCCUCUCAAAAUGCUGAACUGCUCUUUGGAAGUCGCCGGUGCUGUAGUAGUUGGAGUCUUUUCUCGGGCCUGAGCCUCGAGGCUAGGCUCCUGGGUGUCGUUAAUGUUCGGGGCCACCGGGCGCCAACCGAUCGGAUCUCCAGCCGCCGGGAACAGCUGGCAUUUCAGCAGAACCAUGGAAGAACUGGUUCAUGAUCUUGUCUCAGCAUUGGAAGAGAGCUCAGAGCAAGCCCGAGGUGGAUUUGCUGAAACAGGAGAUCAUUCUCGAAGUAUUUCUUGCCCUCUGAAACGCCAGGCAAGGAAAAGGAGAGGUAGAAAGCGGAGGUCUUACAAUGUUCAUCACUCGUGGGAGACUGGUCACUGUUUAAGUGAAGGCUCUGAUUCUAGUGUAGAAGAACCGAGCAAGGACUAUAGAGAUAAUCACAAUAAUAAUAAAAAAGAUCAUAGUGACUCUGAUGACCAGAUGUUAGUGGCAAAGCGCAGACCAUCAUCAAACCUAAAUAAUAAUGUUCGAGGGAAAAGACCUCUGUGGCAUGAGUCCGAUUUUGCUGUGGACAACCUUGGGAACAGAACUCUUCGCAGGAGGAGAAAGGUAAAACGCAUGGCAGUAGAUCUCCCACAGGACAUCUCUAACAAACGGACAAUGACCCAGCCCCCUGAAGGUUGCAGAGAUCAAGACAUGGACAAUGAUAGAGCUUACCAGUAUCAAGAAUUCACCAAGAACAAAGUCAAAAAAAGGAAGUUGAAAAUAAUUAGACAAGGACCAAAAAACCAAGAUGAAGGAGUGGUUUUAGAAAAUGAGGAAGUAAACCAGACCAAUAAGGACAAAAUGGAAUAUGAAGAACAAAAAGUCUCAGAUGAGCUCAUGAGUGAAAGUGAUUCCAGCAGUCUCAGCAGCACUGAUGCUGGUUUAUUUACCAAUGAUGAGGGAAGACAAGGUGAUGAUGAGCAGAGUGACUGGUUCUAUGAAAAGGAAUCAGGUGGAGCAUGUGGCAUCACUGGAGUCAUUCCCUGGUGGGAAAAGGAAGAUCCUUCAGAACUAGACAAAAAUUUACCAGAUCCCGUCUUUGAAAGUAUCUUAACUGGUUCUUUCCCCCUUAUGUCGCAUUCAAGCCGAAGAGGUUUCCAGGCUAGACUCAGUCGCCUUCAUGGAAUGCCUUCAAAGAAUAUGAAAAAAUCUGGAGGGACUCCAUCUUCAACGGUGCCCAGUUCUGGCCCAGUCAAUAACAAGAGAAUGGUUCACUUUUCCCCAGAUUCCCACCACCAUGACCAUUGGUUUAGCCCUGGGGCUAGGACAGAGCUUGGCCAGCACCAGCUUCUGAGAGAUAACCGAGCCGAAAGAGGACACAAGAAAAACUGUUCUGUGAAAACAGCCAGCAGGCAAACAAGCAUGCAUUUAGGAUCCUUAUGCACGGGAGAUAUCAAACGGAGGAGAAAAGCUGCACCUUUGCCUGGACCUACUGCAGCAGGACUUGUGGGUGAAAAUGCCCAACCAAUCCUAGAAAACAACAUUGGAAACCGAAUGCUUCAGAAUAUGGGCUGGAUGCCUGGAUCAGGCCUUGGACGAGACGGCAAAGGGAUCUCUGAGCCCAUUCAAGCCAUGCAGAGGCCAAAAGGCUUAGGACUUGGAUUUCCUCUACCAAAAAACGCUCCUGUAACUACGACCCCCAAUUCAGGAAAAUCCACCUAAGAAGAAAGGCAAAGAAGAAAUGCUUUGCACUUGUUAUUCAUUAGGUCCUGUUGUCCUUAAAUUACAACGUGCUUCUGUUUUUGAAGCAGAAGUCUGCAUUUCCUCAAUAUCAUCACUCUAGCUUCCUAACUGCACACAGUACUGCCACAGUGUUAGAACUGGGAUUUCAUCACAAUUCAUGGUGCUAAAGUGAAAACCUCUCCCCUUCUUUUUUUUUUUUUUUUUUUUGAGUUAUUUCUUGGUAUAAAGAGCUGCUCAUUCCUCUUACUUAUUUUGAUCUCAUCUUUCAGUACCUUCUAAUGCUUUGCUUGAUUCAUGCAUGAGUGUGAUCCAGGCAAACGUGAGCACAUCCACAGUUUUUUAAAAUGGAGCCGGCCUGAAAGGAUGAUGCUUCAUAGCCUCAUUACUUGUUGUAACCCAAAAAAACCUAUUAUCCCAUCAGUGAAGUCCUAAGCAAAUCUUUGUUCGAAAGGCUUGACAAUUUUCAUAUCCCUUGAAUUUGGUUUUCUCAUAAGGAUUUUUUCCCAGUAUUUUACCCAUUAAUUUUCUAUCUUUGGACAAUGUAGGAUGAAGUUCACAGUUGAUAAGCAGCAUUAAUAUUUCCCUCAGACAUUUUGACAAAGUAAACCUCUUCAUUGUUAUCACCACAGUGCCCUCAACAUUAAUGCAGAUAAUAUAAAUUUUACCUCAUUUAGAACAUAAAAUAGUUAUCUAAAUGUAUAAGUACAUUUAUAAAAAAUGUAUUUUUUAAAUUCACCAUUACUAAACUGUAAACUCUAUUAACCCAGACUUACUUCUACCUCUUUCUUCCCAAAGUUGAUAUUUUUUUAAGAUCAACUCAAAUGCGUUAAACUGAGUUUUGAUUUUAAUCAUUGGACUAAGUUGUUAGAAUAUUGAAUAAAUUCAUUUGAAGAUUUAAAAAUGACUCUCUCAAGAAUUCAAAUUUCUCACAAUGGCCCAACCCAUUUAAGAGAUGAACAGAGGGAGUGCACAGAACUAAUUUGCGCUUAAUGAGAUGUAAGCUAUUCCUCUAAAACAAAACAAAACAAGUCCUUAUCAUCAUGUGCCAAAGAUUGAGUGAUUGCUGGAUCAGUUACUUCCUGUCAGAAAUUCUAAAUUGCUCUUGGUUUAGAUGAAGUGAUUUGUUAUCUUCAUUACCAAGAAUUUCAUUAUUAAUAACUAUUAACGAUAACAGUUGUAUUUAUAGUGACCUAUGUUGGUUGGGUAAAGAUUGAGAUUACAUAUGUAAUAUCACAUCAUUCUCAUGGGUUUUUUGAAUUUUUUAAAUCCCCAAAAGAAUUCUUACAAGGCAGUAAAGGAAGUUUAUACAUUUAAUUAAAGUUUCUCAGGUGGUCCCUAAAUAAAUGACUGCCAACUAGGGAGGGGGAAGUUUGAAUUUGAAACAAUUUGAAGCCUUGCUGGUUUACCAAAUGCACACAUUUGUUGUAAGAAUUACUUUCUUUUCUAGAGGUAUGGUUAUAAGAGGAAAGAUUGGUUAAGGGACUGUAGAAUAGCAGAUGAGUUGCUUUUUUGAAGCAUUCCUAUGAGAUAAAGUAACCCUGUGGUAACCAUAUUAUGUGAUUAAUUUUUUUCAAGCUUGUCACUUAGAAAAUUGCCAUUUUUAAUGAUUUUUUAAAUGUUCUGUCUAUGAAGAGGGGGAAAGAGGGGAGAUUAUAUUCCGAUUUUAAAAUUUCUUUAUGAUAA